AUGAGUGAUCAAGAAAGCAUUGGUGAGUUCUUUUCUCGAGUCUUGACAAUUACAAAUCAAAUGAAUGCUUAUGGUGACAAGCAAUCAGACUUGGGGAUCAUUGACAAGGUAUUAAGAACCUUGACACCAAGAUUCGAUCAUAUAGUGGUGGCAAUUGAGCAAGGCCAAAAUCUUGAAGAAAUGAAGAUUGAAGAACUGCAAGGAAUUCUUGAAGCUCAAGAGAUGAGGCUCAAUGAAAGAAAUUCACAAAGAUCAGCUGAGCAAGCUAUGCAAGCCCAAACAACCAAAGGGAACAACUAUGAUGGUGGUAAGAAUAGAAAGGGAAAGUGGAAAAACAGUAAGUGGAAGGGGUCAGAUGAAUGCAAAAAUAAAAGGGUUCCAAGAAAUGUAGAUGAGGCUCAAUUGGCACAAGAUGAGGAUUCUGACUCUGAUAAAGUGUUACUAAGGACAACAACAAACUCAGAAGAAGACAAUGUUAAUCUGUGGUAUCUUGACACAGGUUGUUCCAAUCACAUGACUGGACAUAGAGAGUGGUUUGUAAAUAUUGAUGAUAAGGUGAAGAGCAAGAUCAAGUUUGCAGAGAUAACAGCUCUGUAA